CUUGUAUGGAUGUCCAUGGGAAUAUAAACUCAUCAAGUACUCGAUACUCGGGACCGGGAGCCACUUCCAUGCACGACCAAAGUAUAUGGAACCUUUCGCCUGUUUCAAGUGGAUCCCCCCUCGAACCCACUUUGCGCGCAUCCUCCGGUCUCGUCUCGUCUCGUCUGAUGACUUGCCGUUUUCUUGCAUCAUCGUCUUUUUCCUCUCUCUGGGUCUCGUUUGUUGACCACCUUGGGGGUUAUAUUCUUGACCCUCUCUCUCUCAUGCACACUACUUAGUCGGUGAGGGGAAACAAGCAAAGACGCAUGCUGAUUGUUUCUUCUUUCUUGUCUUUGUCAUUUCUUAUUUUUUUUUUUCUGAAAUUUAAUCUACUUCCAUACCCUCAGCCACCAGCCUCCUGGUUGGGUCGCGUCCGAUCACCGCAUCUUGAGCCAAUCCGCUCACAAAAGGGACUCUGGGAUCCGUCAUUGUUAUCUGUCCAAUUUGUUUUUUACUUUUUUCUUAUCAUUUAUUUUUGACGCAUCUAACGCCUUCCUACUUUUUUUUUUACCCCCUUUUCUACCCUUUUUGUGUAUUGCUGCUAUACUCCAUCACGUCGUCGAGAAACGGCAUACUUCGCGGGGAACAGAUCCACCGCGAUCGAUAAAACCCCCUCUUAUCUCCUCCCUCGAACCAUCUCCGAUCAACGAUGGCCUUACGGCUACCAGCACAAGUUCCCCGCCGUCAACAUUCCUACUCAACUUCGCAACCCCCUCAGCCUCCCACCCUUGAGGUCCCUCCCAGACUGUCUCACCUGCCCGAUAAUGAAUCCACUGAGUGGGUGCUCUUCUCUCCCUCUCAACCGUCUGCCGAUGCCCGCACGCACACGACCUCCACUGAACGUACCCCACGUACGGUUGCACCCUCCCGCUUGAGCGAUUUUGGCUCGUUUGGUACCCCAACCCGGUCAGCCUGGGGACCGGACAAUGGCGAUGCUGAUGGGCCCCUCGAAGAGUCCUUGGAUGAGGACGGCACCGAGUUGGACAGCCUAGAUGAUGGUCUACAUGCCUUUCGGGCACCUUCGUUGAACGAAGACUCUUCUGCAAAAUGGGACCAAGGGACACCGGCUGUCCUCCCAGCGCAUGAUGGACUGGGCAGUUUCGAGGCGUCUGCUCUGCCCGUGCAAGACCAGUUGUGGCAGCACGAGCAAUAUAAUCCUCACCGGCGGCCCACCCUAGGAUCCCCGCGGUACUCGAAUGUCCAACGUCAGUUGGACUCAGUAGCAGAUCAUGAAGCUAUAGAUAUGGACCGCGAGCGGUGGCAACGUAUUGAGAAGUGGAGGAUGGAUCAGAGCCGAGUGCUUUUGCAGGAAAUUGAAAAAGAGACACGAAAACGACGCCAUAGCCGCGCCAGCAGGCUGGGUAGCCCCGUGGGCUCUCAAGCCCGAGUGGCUGGUAUUGAUAGUACUCUGGAGAUGUCCAGGGAAGAUGCGUCUCCUCCCUCGACGGUAUCAGAGGGGGACGAAAACGAAUCUUUAUGGCGGAAGAUCACCCGCAAAGUCAUCCGGGAUCUCAUCGGAAUCGACGACUCUUUGCUGUUUGCCCUUUUCGGGGAAUCCCUCCCAGAGAGUGAGAGAGAGGCAUCUGCUGGGACAGAUGGCGCCCUUGGUAUGAAUGAAUCCCUUAACUUGGAGCUGGACUCUGUCCCCGACGAUCACGGCAAUUGGCAAACCAAGCUGCUUCAGCGCAUUGCACGUGAAUUAGGAAUACUUGUUAAUCAACUUUGUGAACACCCGGGGGCCUUUACAUCCUAUCUCAACCUGGCGGACGAGAUCCCCAACCAAUAUGCUGGCAUGCCUCUCGGGCCAUUACCAGAAGAGAGUGUCUCGCAGACUCGCUCAGUAUCUGCUGCUCCAACAGCCUCACAAGAGCCUACGACGAAUGCCGACUCAGUGUUGUCUCCACAGUUCUCUCCUACGCUUCGGGAUCCCACCGGCCGAGAGCAUGCCGCACAAUGGGGCAUUGAAGACGAUGACUUGAAUCGGAAUUCUACUGCAGAUUCAUUAUCCGAGUCCCUGCGUCUCCAGCAGGAGAAGGAGUACUGGGAACGGGAAUUGGAUGUGAUGAUGGUCUUCCGCUAUCUUCGCAAUCGCUUCAGUCAACGAGGCAGUAACGCCGAUACCCACCAGCCCCCUGCGCGCCGACCUCCGCAAGAUGCGUCUCGACGCGCCGCGAUUAUCCGUCAGCACCACCCGCUGGUGGCACGAGCACACUCCCGUUCUCAGGCGCAAAUUCGACGUCAGUCCCAGCACUCCGCCAACCAAUCUGGCCCAACGGGUAUCUCAUCCCCUAUUUUGCGCCAGCAUUUCCGCCGUCCCAGUUCUAGUUGCGGUCAGAGUGCGAAGCUGUCUGCUAUCUCCAGCCGCCGAACCCUUACCGGUUCCAGCCGGAACUAUUGGGACAUUGGCGGCAGUGUAGACAGUGGAAGUGCCAUUGCCCCAGUCGGGGCCGGGGUUGGGUCUUGGGGGGAUGUCUAACCAUCCGCCAUCCAUCCCGGACGCAUCUACAACCUGCGACUCGUGGCAAGAUCAAGAAGCUUCUCCAAUUUAACCCCACUAUAUUGCAUGCUGGCCAUCAAUGCUUCACUUAAUAAGGCUGCGUCAUCUUCAGACCAAGGAGUUUCUCGGGUAUUAUCACGAUUAACGAUAGCUAUACCUUUCUUGUUGGGCUUAGCUGUCUGUCUCCGUGUUCUGUUUUCUUCGGUGUUUAUUUUCUUUUCAUUCCCAUAUACAAAUACUGCUCUAAAUCAUUUUCACAUAUCAUCCUCGGUAAUGCAUCGGUGUGAUCUUUUAUGCAUUUUUCUUACAUAUCACGAGGGACGGCAAGGGCUUAGAUAUAUAUAUAUCAACCGGAACAGGUGCAUGUCAACGGUGUACAGUAUGUAAAGGGGCGGCUCGGUCUUGGGUUUAUAUAUACAUCGGAUGGUGCAUGUCUAUAUUCUCUCAACACAAUGAAUCAUCUCAUAUUGCAUCCAA